AUGUUAUGCUUUUCACUGGGCGUCAAUACGAUGUAUCAGGCUUAUACGGGAAAUCGAGUGCAAACGGCUGAUGGUAGUGUCACGCAGAUGAAAGAAACUUACUCCAGCGGUCGUCUAGUAUUUAUUAUUGUAUAUUUAUUACAACUCUACAAAAUGAUAGCUUCCAUCUUUGCGACAAUUUUCUGUAAUCAAUCAAGCUGUUGUUUGCAGAAAAACGAGGAUCUGGAAUGGAAAUUUACCCGGUGUCAUAUCUAUUUGGAGUACUUUGAAUGGUACACUGCUAUACCACCACCAUUUAAUCUGCUUUACAACACUGCAAGCAUGAUACGUAUGACAGUUUCGAGCGACUACCAAUUUGUUAUUCCUGUAAGGAUUCACACUGUUCUUUCAAUUUCAACUAGCUGCUCUUUCAUUUUUAAAUUACUUCUCGCCAUUAAUACAUUUGAUGACUUCUUCGUACCUCUUGUUUCGUAUUUCUCUUAUCUGUACAAUUCAAGGCGAUCGUUCAAAAAAAUCCUUCCCUAAUA